UCUCCCACCUGUCAUGGAACUGGACCUGGAGAUGAGGUUUGACACGAGAUCAAGCUUAUCCUGCAUCCUCCAUCUGAUACAUGCCACAGAAUUGGCCGGUUACAGUAUCUAGACCAAUCCAUCUAUCGAGUUAUCUUUCUCCAGGUUACACGGGAAAUCUCCCAGCGGUAGGUCAGAUCGGAGGAACUGGUCUGGGGCAAAAUAGACAGGUGGUACUGCUGAUUUAUGUCGAAUCAUCGGGAGAACUGAGCACAUCGGCCACUUUUCUAGUAUCUACAUCGUGACUAGUAUUGACUGGGGCAACUAUCAAUGGAUGGAUGGAAGCAGGUCCCGGAGAUG